AUGUCCGUCCUCUUUACUACAGGCGCCACGGUGACCUUCGAGCCAUUGGUCGAAUAUGUGGUGUCCCCUACUUUUCUUCUGCAUCUCUCCGAUUUGGGGUUUGAACGCAUCGCCAUCCAGUAUGGCAAUCAGAUCGAGAAUGGAAGGAACCUUAGCAAGCAAUUCUUCUCUGAUGCUCUCAAUAAACACGAGGUCGUGGAAAAGCUAAACUUAGAUUUGACCAAUGUGACAAACGACAAGACUGUCACCACAUUUGCUAACAAAUCGUUCACUUUACUGGCAUUUGCCUUCUCUCCUGACAUUUCCAACUACAUCGCGGAUGCAGACAUUGUGGUUUCCCAUGCGGGCACUGGCUCCAUUUUGGACUCUCUUCGUUUACAUAAACCCUUGUUGGUGGUGACAAAUCUGAAAUUGAUGGACAACCACCAAGAGGAAGUUGCAUCACAGUUUGAGAAAGAAGGAUACUUAUACAAGUUGUCUACCGAAGAUGUGGCGGCAGGGAAGUUGGAGGAAUAUCUUGGGGCCUUCAAGAAGGGUAAAUUAAAAUUUUCCAGACUUCCCGAUCCGCCGACUGGUGUGGUAGAGUCUAUCAUCUCUGAAGAGGCACUGCAGACAUGA